AUGGAGUUCAAGGAGAAGGACACAGCCAGCGGCAACAACGGGAGGGAUAAGAAGAAGCGGGUGUGGAGCAUCUUUGGUGGCAAGAAGACCGCCAGGAAGGUGUUUGGCGUCCCACUCGGCGAUCUCGAAUGCUACGAGAACACCCGAAUACCCAUCCUCACCGUCCACACCAUCGAGUACCUCAAGACCUUCGAGGGGUUGUUUCGCAUCCCCGGAUCACAGAAGUUCAUCAACGAGAUGAAGUUGGAAUACGAAAGCAGCGGGGGCCGGCAAGGGGUGUACCCGGGAUCGGACGUGCACGCCGUGUCGGGCCUGCUCAAGCAGUUUCUGCGGGACCUGCCCGAGCCUCUGCUCACCUACGAGCUCUACCCGCUACUCAUCGAAGCGCAGGUCCAACAAGAGAUGGUCGGGCGCCUGUGCGCCCUGCGCGAGAAGCUGAGCCUGCUGCCCGAAGCCAACAGGGAUGUGCUCAAGUACCUGCUCGAGUUCCUCACACUGGUGUGUCAACACUCGGAGAACAACAAGAUGACAUCGAUGAACUUGGCGAUCACAUUUGGACCCCUGAUGCUCCAGCCAAAGGAGGCCGAUGGGAUGAAGCUAAUGGAGGAGGCGCCGCACGUCAACCGAAUAGUGAAAACUCUGAUCGACGAGUAUGCGUUUGUGAUGAAUGCGGCAGACGUACCGCUGUGCAUCAUGGAGGAGGACUCGGGGUGGGCCAAGCGGGGAUCUAGAAACAAAAAAAGCGCGCGAGCCAGGAGCGACCCCAUCCGCACCCCCUUGAGUGCAGCGCGCGGGACAAAGCCAAACCUUCCGCUUGAACGCGAGGCGUUGAGUGCGAGGUCGGAGGGGCCAACGCAACUCACGUUCCUGUCGAGCAUCAGGAGGAAACAAAGUGGAGCCGACGAAGACAACGACGACGACGACGACGAAGAGGAAGAGGUCUCGCAGCGCCGUCAAUACGUUGGCGUCGACGAAGCCGCAGGGGAUGAGGACAACGAGUCGGGAGCGCCCGAGUACGGCAACGAGAGCGCCAGCACCGAGGAGGAAACGUCAGAUGACAUCAUCCGGCCUAAGGAUCGCGCGGUGCUGGGCGCCAAGCGGCUGUCGUGGUCGGUCCUCGAUUCUAAGCCGAAGACUUCGCUCAAGCCGUCGCCCAAGGCACCCAAAUCGUCCAUCACAGAAAGCCAAGCCCUAGGCCCUACGACGUCGUCGGUCGCGCGCAUGAAGGCCCUUAUCGCCAAGGCCAACGCCGAGAAGGACGUGCAACGGAGCAGGAGGUCCACCUCCGAAUUGCAGCCCUCGGCCGAUGAGGCCGAGGUGAUCGGUGACCACAGCAGCGAUGGUGCCGCGGCCGAGCUCGCCACGACCAGCGGAGUAGAUGGUGACGGAGCACCGCAGGUGAAGCCGGCCGCGAGCGGCGAGAGGUUCCGCCCGCCGGACUUCACGAAGCGGGGCGCGUCGGCCAACGACCUCCUCACCAAGACCCAGGCCGACGACAGCAUGACCCCCGAGCCGGAGCUGAAGCCGCGGCGGGGCGGCUCGCGGCUGUUCGGGCUGACGAAGCACAAGCCGGAGAAGGAGAAGAAGAAGCACGAGCGCAAGGAGCGGCAGCGCGAGAAGAAGGAAGAGCGCGAGCGCGAGAGGGAGCAGGAGAAGGAGGAGAUCAUCGCCCUGCUCUAUGAUCGACUGCAACUGUGGCGCGAGCGCGAGAAGAUCCCCGAGAACGUGCAGUUCAUGAGCAUCAAGCAGCUCAAGGCCGAGAAGAAGUGGCUCAAGAAGGAGCUCAACUCGCUCGACAGCAAGAGGGAGAGGGAAGAGCUGCGAGUGUUGCAUUUGCGGCGAAAGGAGCUCUCGUUCUACUUGGAGCGCAUGAAGAAGGACAAGACGGGCGCGGCGUUCCUCGUGUCGUCGUCGGCGGCCAUUCAGACCUACUCGGCCCUGCUCAAGGACGCGCCACCGUCGGUCGGGCGGCUGCCUUUGCUUGCGCGGACCUCGCCAUCACCCCAGAGCUCCUGGAACUACUCACCGCUUUCGCCCAAGUCGUCGCCCGACUUUGGGAGCGCCGCGCAGGCGCUCUCGCCGCCGACCUCGCCGCCGCUCUCGCCAUCGGGCUCGCCGCCGAACGCGCGCCGGCAGCAGGGAGGCGGGGGUGAAUCCGCGCUCGCCGCGAGCGACGGUGGCGCCACGCUGGCGAAGCGCCACCACAACAGUGACAUCGGGUACUACCACUUUCCCCACGCGGUGCCGUCGCCCGCCGCCCCGCUCCGGAGCAGGUUCACUCGCGAAGCCAGCGCCGACACUGGCCUGGCCGCGAAACUCCCCGCCAGGGACGAUGGUCACCGGCCUGGUCAUGCUCGCUCGAAAUCUUUCAUUUUCAGGCAGUCACCGGCGGUGCGAAAGGAGCGCGACAGAGACACUGGUGCCAGUGGAAGCGGGUCUCACAUGCUGGCGAAGAGUCGAAAGGGAAGCAAGAUCGCUACGAUGGGCGACAACAUCGCCAUCUCGUCGCCGGUGCCGGUCGAAAGGGAGCCGCCACCACUCCAUCACCAACCGCCCAAGAGGCGAGAGCAAUCGGUGGGCCGGGUCAGCGACAACGCGGCCAAGCGCAAGAGCGGAGACAAACUCGAGGUGGCCACUAAGCGGAGAAGUGGGUUUACGGAAGCGGAGACCAAUGGGUGCAGCAGGGAAAAUUUGGGUGAACUGUCGAUGUUGCCCAAGCCGGACCACUUCCCGUGUGAUCUCACCGACAAGUGGUAG